AUGGCAGGAUAUCCGGGUCAGCGUCCUUAUGGCGGUGGCCCUCCCGCGCCUCGUCCUGGACCCGGCCCCGGCCCAGCGCCCGCGCAGCGGGGUCCUCCUCAGCAGUAUGACAACUACCAGCAGGACGGAUAUGGCUACGACUACUAUGAUGACGGCGGCUACGAUCAAAACUAUGGCGGUCAAUACCAGGACCCAAACUACGGCAGAGGUCCGCCGCCGAAUCAAGGCUACCCGCCGCAGGAUUACUAUGGUGGCGGCCCAGGGCCCAAUGGCCCGCCAAGAGGAGGGCGACCGCCUCAAACGGGAAGAGGUGGUCCUAUUGCACGUCCUCCGACCGCAGAUGGCACUCGCGGCGGAUACCCGCCUCGUGGCGGUGGCGGUCCCCCAGGCCGAGGAGGUUUCCCCAUGGGCCGGGGUGGCCGUCCCGCUCCGUAUGAGCGAUCGGCCAAUUCAGAUCCAGCUGCAAACCGUCCUCGAGAACACGCGCCGAUCAGUCCUCCUGGCGCCCAGGGAUUCAGUGGUGGCGCUUUUCCGUCAUUUCCAGGACAAGGCCGUAAGACGGACCUAGAUGCUGAAAAUGCGAUUCUGAACAAGAUGGCCGGAAUCGACAUCUCAUCCCAACCUGUCCAGCAGCGGCCUCCUGGUGGACCUCCGAAUGGCAGAGCGCCGCCACCCCGUGGCUACUCUGACCCGCGGCGUGGUCCUGAGCCAGGUUACGGACAAGACUUCCGAGGAGAUAGCUACGGCCAGCAAGGCCCUCCGAGGGACGACUUCGGUCCGCCUUCUAGAAGCAUGACCAUGCCGAUUAACGACCAAGCGCAAAGGCGCGGACCUCCGCCACGCCAGGACACAUAUGGUGGCCCAGGGGGACCGCCACGUGGUGGUGUUCCCCCUCGGCCUUCAACAGCGCAAGGAAAUCGGCCCCCACCGCAGCGCAUGUAUCCCCCAAACCCGAUGCCUCCGCCGCCGCAGCAACAGCAGCAGCAACUGCCUCCGCCUCAAAAUGCAGGGUAUGGGGGUCAUGGAGAGUUCGGAGGCGAUCAGGACGGAUACCGAGAUACUAGAGCGUCGUUCGGCGACGUCUACGACGCCUAUUACCAACCUUCUCGCAUGAGUAUUCAAAGCGCCCACAGUCAUGGGCAUCACGAUGCUCCCGACUACAAUGGGGCACCAUCGCAUGCUCCUCGUGGUUCUUUCGAACAGCACAUGCGCCCAGGCAUUGCCGAACACACGCAGCCGGGCGCUAAGCGCGUUCCGGAGAUGAGUCGGACCAAAUCGCAGCCAGAUCUCCGACAGUCGCAGCAGGCUGUGUUUGAGAUGGCCGGCGACGCUCCUCCGAUGCCGCCAAUGGGCAACGGCUACCAGGACGUGUAUAACCAACCCAACGGCUGGGACCAACCACAGAACCCGCAGAUGGGGCGUCCUGGCUUGCCCCAAGGCCCUUCUCCUAAUCGAGGCCCCGAUUCUCUGCCAUCUCAUCCGGCCCCCGUCCGACCUGGCCACAUGCCGAAUUCCAUGGUCAACAUGAAUGACAAGCCCGCGCCUGUUCGCAACUACGCCGGCGCUCCUGGCGUAAACGUGCCGACACCUCCUGCCGGUCCUGGCGGCGCACCUCCGCCUCAGCAGCAAAUGCUCCCUCAGCAACCUAGCAAGGCUUCGCUUCAAGAAACAACACCCGUUACCCAGGAAGAGCUAGAGCGUCUACGCCAGGUUGUCAAGUCAACACCGAAUGAUCAAGAGACUGCCAUGAGACUGGCGAAGCGACUGGUGGAGGCGGCCGAUGUUCUGGCCCCGAAUCUUGCCGAUCCGAAGAUGAAGACCCGUGCCCGGGAGAGAUAUCUUGCCGACGCAAACAAGAUCCUCAAGAAGCUGUCGAGCGCGCAAAACUCUGAGGCAAUGUUCUUCUAUGCCGACUGCCUAGGCCGUGGCUUGUUUGGACUUGAGCCUGAUAACAAGGAGGCUUUCACAUUGUACCAGUCGGCUGCUAAGCUCGGACAUGCGGCUGCGGCGUACAGGACGGCAGUCUGCUGUGAGAUUGGCCACGAAGAAGGUGGCGGCACAAGAAAGGAUCCCCUCAAGGCGAUCCAAUGGUAUAAGAGAGCUGCCACGCUCGGCGAUACGCCAGCCAUGUACAAGGUUGGCAUGAUCUUGCUCAAGGGGCUUCUUGGCCAGCCAAAGAACCCUCGUGAAGCUGUAGGGUGGCUCAAGAGAGCUGCGGAAAGAGCUGACGCGGAGAAUCCUCACGCAUUGCAUGAAUUGGGUCUGCUCUACGAAUCUGCAGCCCCCAAUGAUGCCAUUAUCAAGGACGAAGCUUAUGCCUUCCAGUUGUUCCGAGAGGCGGCUGACCUCGGCUACAAAUUUUCACAAUAUCGUCUCGGUUGCGCCUUCGAGUAUGGUCUGAUGGGCUGCCCCGUUGACCCCCGCCAGUCCAUUAUGUGGUACUCCCGCGCAGCUCAGCAAGGCGAGCACCAGUCUGAGCUGUCACUCAGUGGAUGGUACCUUACUGGCACCGAUAAUGUCUUGCAGCAGAGCGAUACCGAGGCUUACCUGUGGGCGCGCAAGGCUGCCACGGCCGGUCUGGCCAAGGCUGAGUACGCGAUGGGUUACUUUACCGAGGUGGGCAUUGGUGUGCCAGCCAACAUGGAGGAUGCAAAGCGAUGGUACUGGAGAGCAGCUGCCCAAGAUUUCCCCAAGGCACGUGAACGGCUCGAAGACCUUAAGCGCGCCGGCAAGAACGGACCCCGGCAGCGCGAGCGUAUUUCUCGCAGCAAGAUCGGCAAGCAACAAGAGGGCGAGUGCUCCGUCAUGUAG